AUGCCGGGUGCAUACAAAGGAGAGUGCGGGGACGAUGUGGACCCCAUGCCAUUCCUGGCUCCAUCUGAGCAGGAGCGCCUGGAUGCUAUGAAUAAGUCCUAUGAUAUCAAGCGCUCCUGCUGGGUCAAAGAUGAGAAGGAGGCUUUCAUUGCUGGGGAGAUUCAGUCUGAGGACGGAGACAAAGUCACCAUCAAGACCAGCAGGAACACUACGGUGACGGUGAUGCGGGAUGAUGUUCAGCAGAUGAACCCUCCUAAGUUCUACCAAGCCAGUGACAUGGCCAACCUCACGUUCCUCAACGAGGCCAGCGUCAUGGACAACCUACGCAGCCGCUACGUCAACAUGAGGAUCUAUACCUACUCAGGCCUCUUCUGCGUGACCAUCAACCCAUACAAGUGGCUGCCCAUCUACGGUGCUAAAGUGGCCCAGAUAUACAAAGGGAAGAAACGCAACGAGGUUCCCCCUCACCUCUUCUCCAUCUCCGACAACGCCUACCACGACAUGAUGAUGGAGCAUGAGAACCAGUCUAUGCUGAUCACUGGGGAAUCUGGUGCUGGCAAGACUGAAAACACCAAGAAGGUCAUCCAGUACUUUGCCAAUGUUGGAGCCGUCGGGAGCAAAGCCCCCGAGUCCAAGGGCUCUCUGGAGGACCAAAUCAUUCAAGCAAACCCAGUGCUGGAGGCAUUUGGUAAUGCAAAGACCACCAGGAACAACAACUCCUCACGCUUUGGAAAGUUUAUUCGCAUCCACUUCGGGCCAACAGCUAAGCUGGCUGGUGCCGACAUUGAGACCUAUCUGCUGGAGAAGUCCAGAGUGAUUUCCCAGCAGCCAGCUGAGAGAGGAUACCACAUCUUUUACCAGCUCCUGUCUGGAAGGAAGCCAGAGCUCGUUGAGGGUCUGCUGUUGAAGCCGGACCCCAAGCAGUACGUGUGGGUGUGUCAGGGAGUCACCGUGGUGGACAACAUGGACGACGGAGAGGAGCUGAUGCUCACUGACGUGACCUUUGAUGUGCUGGGUUUUACUCUUGAAGAGAAGAUGAGUGUGUACAAGUUGACUGGAGGCAUAAUGCACUUCGGCAACAUGAAAUUCAAACAGAAACCCAGAGAGGAGCAAGCUGACGUGGAUUCCACCGAGGUGGCUGACAAAGUCGCCCACCUCAUGUGCAUCAACUCGGGGGAGCUGCAGAAGGGUAUCACCCGGCCUCGGGUCAAGGUUGGCAACGAGUUUGUGACCAAAGGUCAGAACCAAGACCAGUGUGUGUAUUCCAUCGGUGCUCUGGCUAAGGCCGUGUACGACCGCAUGUUCAAAUGGAUGGUGACCCGCAUCAACAAGACACUGGACACCAAAAUGCAACGCCAGUUCUUCAUAGGAGUUCUGGAUAUUGCCGGAUUUGAGAUCUUUGAGUUCAACAGCUUUGAGCAGCUGUGCAUCAACUUCACCAACGAGAAGCUGCAGCAGUUCUUCAACCACCACAUGUUUGUACUGGAGCAGGAGGAGUACAAGAAGGAGGGCAUCGACUGGGUCUUCAUCGACUUUGGCCUGGACCUGCAGGCCUGCAUUGACCUGCUGGAGAGGCCCAUGGGCGUUUUCUCCAUCCUGGAGGAGCAGUGUGUGUUUCCUAAGGCAACAGAUGCUACCUUCAAGGCUGCUCUGUAUGACAACCACUUGGGCAAGUCUUCCAACUUCCUCAAGCCAAAAGGGGGGAAGAAGGGAGCCGAGACCCACUUUGAACUGGUGCACUACGCCGGCACCGUGGGCUACAACAUCGGCGGCUGGCUGGAGAAGAACAAAGACCCUUUGAACGAGACGGUGGUGGGUCUGUUCCAGAAAUCCUCCAUGCCGCUCCUGGCUCUGCUCUUCAAAGAGGAGGAGGCCGCUGCAGGGACUAAGAGACAGAAGAAAGGGUCCUCCUUUCAGACGGUCUCCAACUUCUACAGGGAACAACUCAACAAGCUGAUGAGCACCCUGCGAAGCACCGCUCCUCAUUUCGUCCGCUGCAUUGUGCCCAAUGAAUACAAGAAGUCAGGUGUGACAGACAACUACCUUGUCCUUCACCAACUGGCCUGUAACGGUGUGCUGGAGGGCAUCCGUAUCUGCAGAAAGGGUUUCCCCAACAGACUACAGUACCCGGAAUUCAAACAGAGGUACUACAUCCUGAACCCCAAUGUGAUCCCUAAGGGAUUCGUCGACAACAAGAAGGCCUCUGAGCUCAUCCUAAGUUCUGUAGGACUGGAUAACAUGGAGUACCGCAUCGGACACACCAAGGUGUUCUUCCGGGCAGGUGUCCUGGCCAAGCUGGAGGAUGUGCGUGACGAGCGGCUGGCUAAGAUCAUAACCAUGCUGCAAGCUCGCCUCAAAGGGAAUCUCAUGAGGAUCGAGUUCAAGAAGAUGCUGGAUAAACGAAUUGCAUUGAUGGCCAUCCAACGCAAUGUCAGGAAGUUCCUUCAGCUGCGCUACUGGGGCUGGUGGAAACUCUAUACCAAGCUGAAGCCCCUGCUGAUGGUGGCCCGUCAGGACGAGGCCUUCAAAGUCAAGGAGGAGGAGCUGAGGGCGGCGAUGGAGAAGACCACAGAGUUGGAGGGCAAGCUCAAAGCUCUGGAGGAGAAGAUGGUCACUCUGUCGCAGGAGAAGAAGGACCUGGCCUUGGCGCUGGCUGCAGAGCAGGACACGCUAGGCGAUGCAGAGGAGCGCAGCACCCAGCUGAUGCGCCAAAAAGGUCAACUGGAAGAGUCUGUGCGGGAUCUCCGUGAGCGCCUGGAGGAAGAGGAGGGCAGUAACGCCUCUCUCCAUGCCCAGCGGAGGCAGCUGGAGGGGGAACUGACGGAGCUGAAGAGAGACCUGGAGUCUUUGGAGUCCACCUUGGCCAAAAAUGAGAAGGAGAAACAGGGAUUGGACUACAAGGUGCAGACUCUGACAGGGGACCUGGGCCAGCGGGACGACCAAAUCACCAAGCUGCAGAGGGAGAAGAGAGCUCUGGAGGAACUGCAACAGAAAACGCUGGAGGAUCUCCAAACAGAGGAGGAGAGGGUCAACCACCUGACCAAGACCAACAGCAAGCUCAGCACCCAAGUGAAUGAGCUGGAGGACAGCUGGGAGCAGGAGAAGAGGAUCAGGGCAGAGGUGGAGAAGGCCAGGAGGAAGGCAGAGGGAGACCUGAAGAUGACCAUCGAGAACCUCAACGAGAUGGAGAACGCCAAGCUUGAUCUGGAGGAGGUCAUCAAGAAGAGAGACUUUGAGAUCAACAACAUGAACUCGAAGCUGGAGGAUGAGCAGUCCCUCAGCUCGAUGCUCAGCCGAAAGCUCAAAGAGCACCAAGGCCGCAUCGAGGAGUUGGAGGAGGAGCUGGAGGCUGAGCGAGCCAUGAGAGCGAAGGUAGAGAAGCAGCGGGCAGAGCUGUCACGGGAUCUGGAGGACCUUGGUGACAGGCUGGAAGAGGCGGGUGGAGCCACUGUUGCCCAGGUUGAACAGAACAGGAGGCGGGAGGCGGAGGUGCUGAAGCUGAGGCGCGAGCUGGAGGAGUCAGUGCUUCAAUCUGAGGCCUCGGCGGCGGCGCUGAGAAAGAGGCACUCCGACUCGAUGGCGGAGCUCGGUGAGCAGCUGGAAAACCUGACCAGGCUGAAGGUGAAGCUGGAGAAAGACAAGCAGACCAUGAAGGCUGAGAUCGAAGACCUCAACGUCACCAUGGAGGCCACACAGAAAGCAAAGAUGAACUCUGAGGCCCAUGUCCAUAAGCUGGAGGACAGCUUGGCAGAAGCGAAUGCUCGCCUGGCUGAAAUGGAGCGCAGUCAGUCUGAGCUCAACACCGCCAAGAUCCGCCUAACUGCGGAGAAUGGGGAGCUGAGCAGGGAGCUUGAGGAGGCACAGAAUAAGCUGACCCAGGUGACCAGGCUGAAGGCCUCGCUCACCUCCCAGAUCGAUGAGCUCAAGAGACAAGUGGAUGAGGAAAGCAAGGGUCGCAACACAGCGAUGGUGGCUCUGGCCAAUGCGCGUCAUGAUCUGUCUCUAAUGAAGGAGCAGCUGGAGGAGGAGUCAGAGACCCACAAUGAGCUGCAGCGCCUCGUCUCCAAACUGAACGCUGAUGUCACCACCUGGAGGAGCAAGUACGAGACGGACGCCAUCCAGCGCACCGAGGAGCUGGAGGAAACGAAGCGUAAGCUGGCGGUGCGUCUCCAGGAGGCUGAGGAGGCGGCAGAGUCGUCCCAGGCCAGAGCCGCCAGCCUGGAGAAGGUCAAGCAGAGAUUGCAGGGAGAGGUGGAGGACCUCACCAUAGAUCUGGAAAAGUCCAACGCAGCCGCGGCAGCUCUGGAUAAGAAGCAGCGGGUGUUCGACAAGCUGGCGGCCGAGUGGAGCCAGAAGAACGAGGAGCUGCAGCUGGAGCUAGAGAACAGCCAGAAGGAGAGCCGCUCCUACAUGACGGAGCUCUACAAGCUGAAGACGGCUCACGAAGAGAGCCUGGACCAGCUGGAGACCAUCCGCAAGGACAACAAGACCCUCACCGAGGAGAUUAAGGAGCUGGUUGACCAGCUUGGAGAAGGAGGUCGCAGCGUCCACGAGCUGCAGAAGGCCAGGAGGAAACUGGAGGGGGAGAAGGAGGAGCUCCAGCUGGCCCUGGAGGAGGCCGAGGCCUGUCUCGAGGUGGAGGAAGGUAAACUGGUACGUGUACAGUUGGAGCUGGCUCAGGUCAAGGCUGACAUUGACCGCAGAAUCCAUGAGAAAGAAGAGGAAUUUGAGGUCACCAGAAAGAACCACGCACGUGCGGUGGAGUCACUGCAGGCCAGCCUGGAGGCGGAGGCCAAAGGUCGCGCCGAGGCCCUGCGGAUGAAGAAGAAGAUGGAGGGGGACCUGAACGAGAUGGAGAUUCAGCUGGAGCACGCCAACAGGAACAACGCCGAGCUGGUCAAAACCCUCAAGAAGCUCCAGCAGCAGAUCAAAGACCUGCAGGUGCAGAUGGACGAGGAUUGCCGUCAGCAUGAGGAGCUCAGGGAGCAGUACAACCUCCAGGAACGCCGUCUGUCUCUCUUGAUGGGGGAGCUGGACGAGCUGAGGGGAGGCCUGGAGUCCUCUGAGAGGGCCCGCAAGCUCAUGGAGCAGGAGCUGGUGGAAACCAUGGAGAGAUAUAAUGAGCUCAACAUACAUAACCAGAGUCUGACGGUCCUGAAGAGGAAGUUGGAGGCGGACCUCGCCCGACUCUCCAGUGAGAACGAAGAGCUGAUCUCAGAGUUUCGCGCCGCUGAUGAGAGAGCCAAGAAAGCUGUGACUGACGCAACACGGCUGUGUGAGGAGCUUCGUCAGGAGCAGGAGAGGACCUCCCAUCUGGAGAGGAUUAAGAAGAACCAGGAGCAGAACCUCAGAGACCUCACUCUGAAACUGGAGGAGGCCGAGCAGCAGGCUCUGAAGGCUGGCAAACGCACCAUCCAGAAACUGGAAACCAGGAUCAAGGAGUUGGAGAACGAGCUGGAUCAGGAGCAAAAGCGGCAUGUGGAGACGGUGAAGAAUCUCCGUAAGGGAGAACGCCGGCUGAAGGAGCUGGUCUUCCAGACCGAGGAGGACCAUAAGACCAACCAGCGCAUGCAGGAGCUGGUGGAAAAACUCCAGAACAAACUAAAGUCAUACAAGCGACAGAUAGAGGAGGCGGAGGAGCAGGCCAACUGCAGCCUGUCAAAGUACCGUAAGACGAUCCACGAGUUGGACGAUGCAGAGGAGCGUGCAGACAUGGCCGAGAUGGCCCUGAAUAAGCUGAGGACCAGGAACCGCGCCUCAGCGAACAAGGGCUUCACCUCUGUGGAGAUUGUUCAAGUCACCAAGCCAUCCAAAGGAGGACAGGACGACUAGCAGGGGGGAAAAAACAAACGCAGACGCACACACCCCACCAGCUGAGUGACGCACACCCAUCCCUCCCUCCAGAGGACAUGCGACAGAGGGAGCCGACAAGCUCGGCAAAAGUCUUACAAGCCCCCCCACCCGCCCCCACACUUAGUCUUGAAAAAGUCUUAAACAUCACCAAAAGUCUUAAUUAUGCAUAGUCUUAGAAACCAUCACAGAAGUAUGGAAACUGCACAAAGCUGUCUUCUGUCUUUGUGUGUGUGUGUGUGUGUGUGUGUGUAUAGGAGUGCAGAUAGCGAAACAGAGACGGAGUGUUUGUCCAGAUGUGUGUGUGUGUAUGUGUGUAUGUGUGUUUGGUCAUCUCAUACGUUGGUGUCUUUAAGCUGGGGGAGAUGGAUGGGUGAAGCUGUGUUCUCACGUCAAGGACAGAGAGCCCACCUCUUGUGUGUCAUUCUCCUGCUAAGUGUGUGUUGCCUUCACUAAUGCAAAAUCUUAAUAAACCACAAG